AUGACAAGAAAGAAAGUAGAACCAAAAGUACCAUUUGGUCAAAAAGUAAUAUCAGAAUUUUUUGGUACUAGUUCAAAUUUUAAAAAAGUAGAAAAGAAAUCCAAAGUAUCUAAGCAAAAAAACCAUACAAUUGAAAGACAAAGUUCAAUAAUAAGUAUUACGGAUAUUGAUGACGAUGACGGAUUUGGUGAUGGUCAUGACGUAUCGAUUGAUGCAGAUACAAGUGCAGAAAUGAUGAACUUUCGAGAUCCAAAAUUAAAUAGUGUAUUACAGAACAAAUUCAAUAAUCCAAAUAAAAGCUCGUCACAACUAACAAGAACAAAUUCAAUAUUGAGUGAAAAAAAUUCCAAUGAUUUGAAUCAUGAAACUACAUCAAUUUCAUUAAAAAGAUCUAGUACAGAUUUAUUGGAUUCAUUUGAGGGGGGUAAGGCUAAAAAAGUUUUAAAACAAAGUAGUGUUGUAUCUAAUAUUGAAAUUCCAACUUAUAAUCAAAAUUUAAGUUCAGAACAAUUGGAAGUGAUAACUAAAGUAGUAGACCAAAAAUUGAAUGUAUUUUAUACUGGAAGUGCUGGAACUGGAAAGUCUGUUGUAUUAAGAGAACUAGUGAGAAAAUUAAAAGCUAUUUAUAGAGAUAAUAUUGGGGUAACUGCUCCUACAGGUAUGGCUGCUUGUAACAUCAAUGGGCAAACAAUAUAUAGAUAUCUUGAAAUUGGUCUUGGUUUACAAAAUCCUACUGAUUUAGCAAGAAUAAUUCAAAGAAACCCUGCGAAGUUAAGAAAAUGGACCAUGAUGAAAGUUUUAAUUAUUGAUGAAAUAUCUAUGGUUGAUGGGUAUUUUUUCGAUAAACUAGAAGAAACGGCCAGAAGAGUUCGAGGCAAUGCUGCUCCAUUUGGAGGUAUUCAAAUAGUUUGUUGUGGAGAUUUUUAUCAAUUACCUCCUGUUUCUUCAAAUGGAAAAGUAACUAAAUUUUGUUUUCAAGCUAAAUCGUGGAAUUUGGUGAUUCAAGAAAAUAUAGUAUUAAAACAAAUUUUUAGACAAAAAGGAGAUAACGAAUUGAUUGAAAUGUUAAAUGCACUCAGAAACGGGAGUAUCAAGAAUCAACCAUCAAUGAUCGAAAAAUUUCAUAAAUUAAAUAAAUCAGUUAAAUACGACGAUGGAAUAGAACCAACUCAACUAUAUCCAACUAGAAGAGAAGUAUUGGAAGCAAAUGGAUGUAGAUUAAAACAAUUAAACUCAAAAAUUUACGAGUACUCAGCAAUCGAUAGUCACCCUGAAGAGUCUUAUAAAAGUCAUUAUUCUCAGUUAUUAUGUGAAGAUAAACUAAUUUUGAAAGAAGGUGCGCAAGUAAUGAAUAUAAAAAAUAUGGAUGAUCAAUUAGCAAAUGGAAGUUUGGGCACUGUGUUAUGCUUUUUGACAAGAAAUUUGUUUUUCAAAAUCUUGGAGUUGUAUGGUUCAAUCGAGGAUUUGGAUCCGCAAAUGUUGAAAGAAGUUAAGUUAAUAUCGACAAGAAUUGGGGUUGUACAAGAAUGGAAUGAAGAAGAAAAGCAAAUAAUUGAAAACAUGCCAGACGAUAGAAAAUCGAAGUUUGAACUGCUUGUUCAAUACACUGCUCAAGAAACUAAAGCUGAUAUUUUGCCAGUUGUAUUAUAUAAGUUAAAUGGUUCUGAUCAAGCAAGAUUGGUAGAUAGAGAAGAGUUUGUUAUAGAAUUAGGGAAAGAAAAAACAGCCACGGGUAACCCAACAAGAAUUCAACUUCCUAUAAUACUUGCAUGGGCAAUGUCCAUACACAAAGCCCAAGGUCAAACCAUACCAAGAUUGAAGGUUGAUUUAAACAAAAUCUUCGAAAAUGGUCAUGCAUAUGUUGCUAUAUCAAGAGCUGUAAGUAAAGAAAAUUUGCAAGUUAAUAAUUUCAGACCUGAUAAAAUCAGAAUUUCACAAGUGGUACAUGAUUUUUAUAAAAGUCUUGAAGCUAGAUCUGAAAAAUCCUAA